UAACUAGCCGUCAAAGUUAGAGCUGCGCGUGCGGAAGUCUAUGUUAUUAAUUUUUUUCUACUAUCAAAAGCAUAUUCUUAUUUCGUAGCCUGCUGGCCAGUUUAUUUGGGGCAAGCUCAUUAAAUCGGGGAUUGUUUUGUUUUCUAUUUCGUUUUGACUCAGUCUUUCCGCAAUGCAUCCACAUGCGCAAGGUUGUCGGCUAAAGUUAAUGUUGUUAGUUCAUUAUUAUUUCUUCAUCGUUUGAUCCCUGGAGCCCUGGGCCAUGUCGGCUGAUUCUACACAGUCCCUAUCCGGGACACACGGCCUGCUCCGUGGCCACCGGACCCGGUCAUAUGGCAGUCUUGUGGCCUCUUCAUUAUCCCCCAUUAGACAAAGACGAAUUGAACACAAAGUUCAACCCGGUGAUACUUUGCAAGGACUGUCACUGAAAUACGGCGUGUCGAUGGAACAAAUCAAAAGGGCAAACAGACUGUACACAAACGAUUCAAUAUUUCUGAAGGAGUCCCUUUUCAUCCCUGUACUGACAGAGUCUCUGUCUUUCACAAAUGGAGUCAAUUUAAGUGAGGAGGAAACAAGCUCACGACAAACACACUCCGAGAUUCAGACCCACACGAGCCAAACAGACUGUAGUAGACUUGAUGAAAAUGCUGAUCUGUCCCCAGUGGAGUACCUUAAAAAGAUAGACAGCUUGAUCAGUCAGUCAAAACAAGCUGCCGUGAAGACCUGCCAGGAGGGAGAGAAACAGUUUUCCUUUAUGGAGGAGCAGCUUUAUUAUAGCAAACCAGCAUCCAGCACAGCAUCCUUCCAGCAGCCCGUACUGGGAGCCAUUCCCAUUACAAUCACCAAACGGACCAGGAAUUUGAGGGACCGAGAGGAUGAGAUCUUUCAGCUUUGAUCUAGGUUGUUCAAAGACACUGUUUUUUGUUUUUGAAAUAUUUUAGAGGGCUUGCACUAGUGGUUUCAUGCAUUAAAAUGUCAGCAGCAUAUUUUUAAGAGAUUGCUGGUAUGUAGUAGUUUGCUACAGUAUGUGAGACAUUUGUAAGUGCUGUUAUAUAAAACUGCCACCAGAGCUUUUAACAUGCACUUGACGUUGUAAUAGCACUCACAAACUUAAUGCCUACAAAUGAGGUGAAUUGUAAUUCAAGGCCACACUGUUGUAUUUCUUAAAAUUUAAAAGCUAUGACAAAGUUUUGAGUGUAAUGUGCUUAUUACUGCUUCAGAGCAACAGAGAUAUUCAGGUACAUUUGCUAAUUGACAUUUAAUACUACCUCACAGGUACCUGUUAGAUCUUUAUGGUCUAAAUUCAAAAUGUAUAUUUUAAUUGAAUGUGCCACAACAAAACAUCUUUCAGAUAUUGAUCUGUUAACGUUGUGAAUACAAUAAAGUUUUGCACUUUUACAAUUUGCUAAAGCGUUUAGUGCCAAACGGAAAUACUGAAACAACACAUUUACAUUCAGUGUCAUGAAUGCAAGCAGAUCUUCCUCAGUUAACAAUUUGCUCUGCAUGCGGUCUAUUAAGAUAAUUUUUUUUUAAUGGCAUGUAGUUAAAAGAUUAUGAAAAUUAAUUAAACUAAAGUAUUCAUUACCUGAAUUAAACCUGUAUUCUACCUGUCAGAUGUUGUCAUAUUUUGAACCCAUUUAAAACAUGAACCUGUUACCGGUUUAGUAAGUUUGGCAAAAGCACAAAGCUGUUAUAUAAGACACACAUAAUACAAUUAAACAGCACUUUAUUGUAUUUAAAUUAUGUAAUAAACAAUUGAUGAGG